GGUUGUCCGAAAAUUUGGAUCUGCUCAUCCUUUUCGUCAACGCAGAGAGAUUGCUUAUAUUUCAGACCUAAUCAAUCGAUCAGUUCGUGUGCUUAAAUUCCCCAAAACGUUAGCGGCAGAGAAACUAGCCUUGCCGCCAAUACGGCAGCUUUUCCCAUCGACGGUCGACGCCGUCGCUGUCUUACUGCGCACCGAACACUUUCUUUAAUUGUGAUUUAGGAAGUAGGGUUUCUGAUUUUCUGCCCGUUUUAAUUUUCUCUACUUUCGUUCAAGCUAUUAUUUAUUGUUCCCAUGGCGGAUUCUAGCACCCGAAAGAUCCGCAACAUUUGCAUCCUAGCACAUGUCGACCAUGGAAAAACCACCCUUGCUGACCACCUCAUCGCCGCCUAUGGUGGCGGCGUGCUCCACCCGAAGCUUGCCGGAAACGUACGUUUCAUGGACUACCUCGAUGAGGAGCAGCGCCGCGCUAUCACCAUGAAGAGCUCCUCCAUCUCUCUUCUCUUCCGCGACCACUCCAUCAACCUCAUCGAUUCCCCCGGCCACAUAGACUUUUGCAGCGAGGUUUCCACCGCCGCCCGCCUUUCCGACGGCGCCCUCAUUCUCGUUGAUGCUGUCGAAGGUGUUCACAUCCAGACCCACGCCGUUCUCCGCCAAUCCUGGAUCGAAAAGCUCACCCCUUGCCUCGUUCUCAACAAGAUCGAUCGCCUCAUCACCGAACUUAAACUCACCCCGAUGGAAGCUUACACCCGCCUGCUGCGCAUCAUCCACGAGGUAAAUAGUAUCGUUUCAGCAUACAAGUCGGAGAAGUAUCUUUCAGAUGUCGAUUCCUUACUGGCAGGCGCUUCAGACGAUGGCGAUGGUGAGUACGAUCACGAGCUUCUCGAGGAUGACGACGAGGACACUUUUCAGCCACAGAAGGGAAACGUGGCGUUCGUUUGCGCCUUGGACGGAUGGGGGUUUUGCAUCGAACAGUUUGCAGAGUUCUACGCUUCCAAGCUCGGUGCAAGCAUGGCCGCCCUGAAGAAAGGAUUUUGGGGUCCGAGGUAUUUCAACACUAAGAAGAUGAUGAUUGUUGGGAAGAAGGCGAUGGAAGGCUUCAGCAGGGAUCCGCAGCCGAUGUUUGUUCAGUUUGUGCUUAAGCCUUUGUGGCAGGUUUAUCAGGCAGCUCUGGAUGUGGAUGGCGACAAGGACAUGCUUCAGAAAGUUAUCAAAUCCUUCAAUUUGUCAGUUCCUUCACGUGAAUUGCAAAACAAGGAUGCAAAGGCUGUGCUGCAGGCGGUGAUGAGGCGUUGGCUUCCGCUCUCUGAUACGGUUUUAUCAAUGGUGAUCAAAUGCAUGCCUGAUCCUAUCUCAGCCCAGUCUCUAAGGAUUUCUAGGUUGCUACCCAAAAGAGACCUGGCUGUUGAUGGCAACGCGCAUUACUCAGAUAUUGUGGCUGAGGCGGAGCACGUCAGGAAAUGCGUCGAGGCUUGUGAUUCUAGUGCAGAGGCUCCCUGUGUUGUCUUUGUUUCAAAGAUGUUUGCCAUUCCGGCUAAAAUGAUCCCUCAGAAAGGCCCUAAUGGGGAGAAGUUGAAUCAUUCUUUGGUUGGCGAGGUUGGUGAAGGGGAUUUGGAUGAGUGUUUCCUUGCGUUUGCAAGGAUUUUUAGUGGCGUGCUUAACUGGGGUCAAAAAGUUUUUGUGCUUUCAGCUUUGUAUGAUCCAUCAAAAGUAGAUUUGUCACAAAAACAUCUGCAGGAAGCUGAGGUUCAGCGCCUGUAUCUGAUGAUGGGCCAAGGUCUGAAACCUGUUUCUAGUGCUAGUGCGGGGAGUGUAGUAGCUAUUCAGGGCUUGGGGCAGUAUAUCUUGAAGAGCGCAACUCUAUCUACGGUGAGGAAUUGCUGGCCUUUUUCGAGUAUGAUGUUUCAGGUGUCACCAACUCUUAGAGUGGCCAUUGAACCAUCUGAUCCUGCUAAUAUGGGUGCACUUAUGAGAGGAUUGAGACUUCUUAACCGAGCAGAUCCUUUUGUUGAAGUUACAGUUUCUUCCAGAGGGGAACAGGUGCUUGCAGCUGCAGGUGAGGUCCAUUUGGAGAGGUGUAUAAAGGAUUUAAAAGAACGAUUUGCUAAGGUCAGACUAGAGGUUUCACCUCCGCUUGUCUCUUAUAAGGAGACAAUAGAAGGAGGGGAAGGUUUUUCAUUCUUAGAUACUCUAAUGAUUACUCCCACAAGUACUCAGUAUGUUGAGAAAGUUACUGCAAAUGGGAAAUGUGUGGUUAGAGCUCAAGUUGCAAGACUUCCUAAUGCUUUAACUAAAGUUCUUGAAGAAAGUGGAGAAAUCCUUGGUGAUAUAAUAGAAGGGAGACCAGUCAAGAAAAGUGGAAGUUUGGGCUAUGUUUCUCAUGAUGAUGGUGAUCCUGUAGCUGUUCUUAGGAAGCACUUGGUUGAUUCAUUGGAAAGUGAAUUGGAGCUUGAUUCUCAGAAGGGUGAUAAUGAUAGACUUGAGAAAUACAAGCUACUUUGCAAGAGAUUUCUUCAAAGAAUCUGGUCACUUGGGCCAAGUCAGGUUGGACCAAAUAUCCUCCUAGUUCCAGAUUCUAAAGCAACUGAAGUUAUUCAUACAAACAGUGGACAGAGUGGUUUUCGCAUACAUGGUUCACGUCACUUGUCUGAGAAACUAGGAUUUUUAGAUUAUUCUAGUUCUGAUUCAGUUGUGGACACAGAUAAUGGAGAACCAUUAGAAGCAACCAGUUCCAUGUAUAUGGAAGCAGAGGGUCUAAAGAACAGCAUUGUUGCAGGUUUUCAAUUAGCCACAUCUGCAGGGCCUUUAUGUGAUGAACCUAUGUGGGGGUUAGCCUUUUUGGUUGAGUCCUAUAUUUUUCCGGGCGAUUCGGAGAACAAGGAUCACCUUGAUCAAUACGGUAUUUUCAGUGGGCAAGUUAUGACAGCAGUGAAGGAUGCAUGUAGGGCAGCUGUGCUUCAAAACAAGCCAAGGCUUGCAGAAGCAAUGUACUUUUGUGAGUUGAAUACACAAGGAGACUUCUUAAAGAAAAUGUAUGCGGUUCUUUCAAGGAGGCGAUCUAGAGUGUUGAAAGAAGAGAUGCAAGAAGGCUCCCCACUUUUUACAGUUCAUGCUUAUGUUCCUGUAGCUGAAAGUUUUGGCUUUGCAGAUGAGCUUAGGAAGUCAACUGGAGCUGCUGCGAGUGCUUUACUUGUUCUCAGCCACUGGGAGGUGCUGCCAGAAGAUCCUUUUUUUGUCCCAAAAACAGAGGAAGAGAUGGAAGAAUAUGGAGAUGGUUCAAGUGUCCUUCCCAACAUGGCAAGAAAGCUUAUUAAUGAAGUGAGGAGAAGGAAAGGACUUCAUGUGGAGGAAAAAGUUGUCCAGCACGCGACAAAGCAGAGAACACUAGCCAGAAAGGUUUAAUUGGUUCUUGUGAGUUGAAUAAAUCAGUUUUACAUGUAUCUUAAUACUUAGUUUUAUUUUUUCUUAAAUUAUAGGAUUUAGAGAUGAGUUAUGCCUAUGUAAAGGUCAAUUUUUGGAAUAUUCUCAUACUCAUUAUUCUAUUGUAUCAAUUUGAUAACUGAUGGUUUGUGUAGCAAUAUGGUUAUCAUAAAUGAACACCUUUUGAUUUUGCUAGCAUC